AAAAAAUAACAACUGGGCCAGCUCGUCCCACGCUGCUUCCUCUCCUUCCUCUCUCUCGCUGGCCGGCUCCGUCCGCCCGCGCCAUCCCUCGCUCCGGCGUGCAGAAUUUUGAAGGGGACCGCGCCGAAGCCACCGUUGUGACUUGUGAGUGUCUCCUCCCUCUCCUGGCGUCCUAAAUUUCGUAUUUGGAGCAUCGUGAGCUCCGGCAUCAACGUCUCGAUCCUCAAGUGCUUGGGAAAUGAGUGCAGGUGGCGCGUUUGGCGGAAACAGGGGAGCGAGGCCUGUACCUCCUGAAAAAGGUGUAUUCCCCCUCGAUCACUUGCAUGAGUGCGACCUGGAGAAGAAGGACUAUCUUGCUUGCCUGAAGUCUACAGGAGCUCAGUCUGAAAAAUGUCGGAUGUUCUCGAAGAAAUACUUGGAAUGUAGGAUGGAGAGGAACCUGAUGGCAAAGCAAGAUAUGUCGGAGCUUGGGUUCAGCAACACAGACGUUGUGGUUACACCUUCUGAGAAGAACAACAAACUGGAGAGUCCAACAAGUGACUCAAAAGAGAAGAAAUAGCUGUUCAACUUGCAAGUUCCUUAUCUAAUGGUUAAUAUCAUUCGGUACUCCCAACACAAGUUUUAGGAAGUGCUGCCAGAAAUUAAGGAGUACCUUCAUCUUAAGGGCAAAAGAAUAAUCAUGAGAGUAUGUAAUUUGUUGGAUUGAGAUUAAGCAGAAAGAAAAAUCACAAAUCCUUUUA